AUGCUGGAAUUGUCGCAUCUUCCUACUGAACUCCUUCACCAAGUGAUUGCCGGUUUGCCCAGAAACUGUCUUGCAUCUUGUGCGCUCGUCUCCAAGCCAUGGAACGCCAUUUUCACGCCGCUUCUCUACAAAGACAUCGAACUGAUCUGGCAAAGACCAAGACUUUUGUGCAUCCUCAAUACUCGAUCAUGGGAAGAACACCCCAUGCCAUGCCCGUGUGAGUCGUACGGUGACUGCAGCAGAGACAGAGACGCUACUGGUAUCGGAUCAUGCCUGUUGCCGACUGCCGAGACUGCCCUCAGUUUCUCAUCGAUGCACCAGCUUCUGAGAGCUGUUCUACACUCCCGCUACCUUGCGGGGUUCGUACAGACUCUUCGUCUCAUUGGCUCUGUGCCUGUUUCAGUCUGGACCGAUGCUCUCGACACGGCCCUCACACAAGACGAUCUCACCCAAAUACGCAAGUUGUCGUACGAAAGGAUGCCGCAGGGCGAACGUAUUUCCGAACACUGGCUCGAAAAACUUGAUCAAGGCCAACCAGCCGCAUUCGCAGCACUUCUUCUUCUCUGUUUGCCAAAUCUCCGAUCUGUAGAGAUUGGACACGAUUUUUACGAUCUCUUACAAUUCCUGUCACCGAGAGUUACUGCAUCGUUUGUGAAUCUGGCGACUAUCUCUCUAGGAGCUUCUCGAGAGACGGUCUACAUGGGCGGAGGAAGAGCACCGCAUAACGACGGGGAUAUCGCUCUGCAGCUUCCAUUCUUUUACCUGUCGAAGGUCGAGUCACUAUCCCUCAAUCUACCGAGAUCAGGCGACACCUUCGUCUGGCCAAGCGGGAUUCCACUUGCCCAGAAGCUCACGACCCUCGAGCUUCCGUUCACGUUCAUGGGUCCAGAAGGUCUCAAUCACCUGCUCAUGGCUUGCCCAAGCAUCCGUUGCCUCAAGUACGAUCACUGGUCAACCGCUCCUCCUUGUCCCAGAACAUCUGGCCAUGCCAGGGACUAUUCAAGUCCCCCAUAUGAUGUUUCAGCUCAACCGCUGGUCGAUGUUACAGCAUUGUAUCGAGCAUUCAAGGUGACUCGAGACACCCUCGAAACACUUCAUGUCCAUAUUCAACUGCCAUUCACCGAUUCAAUGUGGGUCAAUCAAAGCCUUCGACGCAUAUCAUUCGAGGGCUUCUCGUGCCUCACUACGCUUCAUGUACCUCUCCAGUUAUUGUUAGGCGCGACUCGGGGGCGAGACNUCGGACCAUCGCUACCGAAGUCACUUGUCAAUCUCUGGCUCAACGACGACGGUCUGGCUCUAUGGUUCAACCAUGAGCGUUUCGUUUGCGGGUAUACUGAGCGUGAUGACUCUGUCUGGCCCCAAAUAUCUUCCAAUNCGCCGAUACGGACGGAUGCUGAGAUCGUAGAGCUCAUGAACGAGUUCCUAACAGAGUGUCAUAUCCAUGUCCCGAAACUCAAGCUAAUACGUCUGAUCUUCUACAUUGGAGAUCUCAUGCAUUGGAAGGGCCGACGCCCGGGACAUAAGGGAUUUGUUCCUAGCUACGUGAAGGAAUCAUUCGAGGAAUCCGGAAUCCAGUUCUUUACACACAUUGUCCCCUGGAGGUCUCGAAAUGUCUCAGGUCCGGACGAAUGGUACGAACAAGUGCUGGCCCAUGGUCAGAUAGGCCCAUACUUUGAUGUCGAGCAGAUCGAGAGGAUGGAGACUGGAUACGAUACCAUCUUUGGUCCUUAA